AUGAUUGUGUGGCACAUCGCACCACGUGAUGUCAUCAGUGAGAGUUUAAAAUCAGCGACGGUAAAAACUGUAGACUACGUGUGGUCGUUCUUUCGUGAGUGUAUUCUACAUCACAUUGCUGAUCUCGGCUACACUCAACAACUAAUAGCAGCACUCGGGAUUUCUGCACGCAAUGUUAAUUGUCAAGAUAGGUUCAUUGGUCCUCCUGAUUGUAUUCUACAUCGCAUUGCUGAUCUCGGCUACACUCAGCAACUGAGAGAAGCACUCAGGAUUUCUGCAGGCAAUGUGAAUAGGCAAGACAGGGUGGGCAAUACUCCACUUCACUGGUUGUUACGAGCUGACCAUUCAUACCGAGAUCACACAGAUGCAACACGUUAUUUAUUAACGUAUGGAGGAAAUGCUAAGUUAAAAAAUGAGGAUGGUCAAACUCCAGCUGACAUGUAUGUGCACAACACAUGUAGGAAGUACGAUUCUAGAAACAGAAAAGAACAGAAAGAAAUGCUCAUGCGUCUCUUACAAACGGGGAUGGUUCCAAUGGAAAUCUUGGCGCGUGGGCACGAAGCAAUGGAAGCUUUUAAUGAUGCUCUAGCUGAGGGAGAAGCAGAGGUUAAUCAAGGAAGGACAGUUUUCAUGGGCCUCGAGAGGGUUGGAAAAACAUCUACUAUCAAGUCAUUUUUAAGGAAUACGUAAGCUAAAUAUAUUCAGUGGUUGCUUUCGCUACGUUAGUUAACCAGUUGAAUUAGUUGAAGCCUUCAAUAAUGAUUUUUAAUUAACCUGUAAUUCAAAUAUUCUUUGUAUUAAAUUCAAUAAUCGACAACUUAAAUGAAUGUAUCAUUCAUUAAUAUCAAUCCAU